AUGCCUUUCAAGAAAUUCAGGCCGAAGUUCUCCGUUUACCAAGUUUGCGUAACUAUACUAGAGGCGAAGCACUUGCCGCAAAACGCAAACCCAUUGGUCGUCGUCAAAGUCGGGAAUCGUAAGAGAAAGACAAUGGUGCGCGAAAGGACCGAUAAUCCUGUCUACAACGAGUACUUCGUGUUCGAUUUCACGUGCAGUCUCGAGACUUUGCUCAGCACGAGAAUUAUGAUAGCAGUGUACUUGCGAAACGUUCUUCGACAACUAAAAUUUCACGGAAGUAUUUCCUUUGAGGUCGCAACAGUAUGGGAACAGCCAGAUCGACAAUAUUUUCACAAAUGGGCUGUGCUAAUGAACCCAAAAGAUCCGGCGGCGGGCCCGAAAGGUUACGUGAAGUGCAAUAUCGUUGUGAACGUGAGGGGUGAGAAAGUUAAAGUGCACCCCGAAACAGAGGGCGAAGAGGACAUCGAAGGGAACUUGCUGUUGCCCCUCGGAGGUGAAAGCUUGCCUUUCAGGCAACGCGCACGAUACAUUUUUGUUAUUUACCGCGCUGAUGGAUUACCAGAUAUGAGCAGCUUAUGCAGCAAAAGCGAUUUCGAGAACAUUAACCCCUACGUGCAAAUAUCGUUCGCCGGGAUGAAAGGGGCGACGAGUGAAGAGUGGCAGACCUACUCCCCGAAAUUCCACGAGGGUAUCAUUUUUAAGGAGAUGUUCCCCGCGCUCUGCCAUCGUGUGAGGAUCGCUAUAAAACACCGUAUCGACAGCCUUCGAACUUGCGUGGUCGCAGUUCAUACCCUGGAUAUGGCGAAGAUUUCGAAUUCCGAGGAAUACGGAUUUCUCCCAACUUACGGACCGUCUUUCAUCCACUUUUACGGAUCCGGGUCGGUGGAAAAGAACGGCUGCUCGGGCAAAUGCUUGACGGCUUUGCCUUUGUAUCGUGGAAGGGUGCUCGUGUCGCUGAAAACUGAAAUGGAUGACCCGAACGCAUCCCCCGGAAUCGGAGUCGAGACAGUUCCAGCAUUUCCCAUUAUCGAGAAAAAUUUCUGGUCGACCGAGGAAUAUCUUCUGGUCGGCGUAUUGUAUGACGUGUGCAUGAUCGACCGUUCUCGAUUCGGGUCAAAAUCGAUCAGCUUCGAAUUGAGCCUGGGUAACGCAGGCAAUCAGCAAUUCCCACGCAGCCAAUGCGCCGAGAACAAUAACGACGGCCAAUCAGAAAACGAAUUGCGGGAAAAGCGGCCGAGCUUCGUAAGUCAAUCAGUAUCGCGAGCUACAGGCACCCUGGACGGCAGGUAUAAUUAUCUGCCCCUGGGCUCUAGGAAGCCCUGUUUGUACGUGAAAUCCUGGUGGCCAAAUUUGGAAUAUCGAAUGUACAACAGCAACAAUUUUCAAUGUAUUGCCGAUUUUCUGGAGGGAAGACUGGAAAAACUAGAGGCUCUUAUAGCCGUGGAGAAUCCUAAAGCAUUCGCGACCUACAACGAGAUGAUUCACGCGUUGAGAGCUCACUGCGCGCGCUAUUUGCAAAUACUGGAUGGCAACAAGUACGACGAAAGCGCGACCACUAAGCUCGAUCGUCAUCGCGCGAAUCUCUGCCGCAGAACCAUCGCGAAUAUUCUCAAGAGGAUCAGGAUCAACGGUGAACUCCCCAACAACAAUUACAUGAGAAUCGCGAUGAUUCACGCGUACGAGUACUUGAAGAGACUGCGAGACCUGUGCGAAGAGCCUCAGCACAGUCUCCCGGACGUCUUCGUCUGGAUGAUCGCUGGCUCGAAGAGAGUCGCUUACUCGCGCUUACCCGCGCAGCAGAUUAUCUACUCCGAGGAAACCGCCGAGAUGAACGAUAAACGCGGCCGGUUAAUCAGCCUCUUCCCGAGGAAUCCGGAGGACGAAGCCGAAGCUGUCGAAUAUAGCGCCUGCAAGAUCGAAACCUUCCUCUGGCUCGGCAACGCGAAGUACGUUACCGCCUGCUGGAGCGCGAUUCCACCGGGAUACGAGGUCGAUCACGGCGGAAACGUCGAUAACUUCCCGAAGUACCUCGAGUACAAUCAGUCCUCGACGUUCCAGCUGCGUGCGCACAUAUUCCAGGGCCGCUUUAAUCCCGGCCCGGACAAUUUCGGCCUGCUCGAUCCGUUUAUCAGCGUUGCGUUCCGGGGAUGCACGGCUACCACGCAAACAAUACGACAAAGCUUUCAUCCGUUUUGGGACCAGACAUUGAUAUUUCCUCCGGUCACUUUGCACGGUACGAAGGAGUUCAUUAAAUCGCACCCACCCGAAGUUGUCUUGCAAGUCUACAAUCAGGACUUGUGCGACACGAAGGAAUUUUGCGGCAGGUGCAUCGCGGUGCCAUUAGUGAAGCUCGCAACAGAAACCUACUCGCCGCCCGAAUUCCCACCGAAAUUGGAAUGGCACAAAUUUCAAUCGCAAAAAGAUUGCGCCGGUUCCGUGCUCGCCGCUUUCGAGCUGAUAGAAACGGAAAGCGAGGAACACGCAGACAUUUCGAUGAACGUGUCAACGGAGGACAAGAUUUACAGCAUCCCGCCGGACAUCAGGCCGAAAAUGGCGAACCACAGGUUGGAGGUGGUCUUUUGGGGUGUUCGCGACAUGAAGAAGAUAAACUAUAUGCCGGUACUGAGACCAAGAAUUAUAGUCGAGUGCGCCGGAGUCCACAUCAAGUCGACGGUAAUUGAGGACGCCGCGAAAUUCAGCAACUUCCAAGAACCGCACAUUAUGAUCGAGCUGGAAAUGCCAGAGCUCGACGUUUACUAUCCGAGCGUCACCAUAAAGGCCUACGAAUCCCGCGGAUUCGGUUGCUUCAAGUACGCCGGGAUCUGCACUAUCCCCAGCAUUCGCAUGUUUCUGGAGCAAUUAAUAACCGCGGAGGACUAUAAUAAGCAGAUAUACGAGUCGAAAUUUCUAUGGAAAUUUCAGCCGGCGAAGCCGGAGGCGACGAUAAUGUUGCCUUUGCCGGCGGAUUAUAGCCCCUCGAAAGAGGAAAAGAAAGGUCUAAUCGCGUACAAGAGAAUGGCUGGAACUGAUAUCUACUCCAAGCUGAAGAGACUGCUCGCGAUAAUAAAGCGGAUAUUGAAAUUUGAUUUUCCUACCAAGAGGAAGAAAAUGGAGAUACAGAAGGAUGAUGACGACGAGACUCUCGAUUGGUGGAGUAAAUACUUUGCUUCCCUUCAGGAAGAGAGAAACCGAGAGCUGGGAAUUACAACAGCGUUCCGUCGUAAACUCGUGGCGACGUUCAAGAUCUAUUCCACGGAACUAGAGACACAGCCGGAAUUCGAAGGGUUUCAAGAUCGUAUCCGCACUUUUGAACUAUGGCGGGGCAGAAAGUGCGAGAAUCACGAUCAAGCCGAGGAUAAUUACGUCGGCAUAUUUAAGGGACACAUUUCUGUAUACCGAUGGCCGCACCCUGACAACCUCCCAUGCAAAACGAGGAGCGGGAAAGACGCGGCUAAUGGCCUGUGCAACGAUUAUCCACCUCAAGAGUCUGUUAAGCUUCUCGUUAGACUCUACGUUGUAAAGGGGAUCAACUUACAACCCAAGGAUCCUCUCACCGGUAAAUCUGACCCAUACCUCUACGUGAAGUUGGGAAAAAAUUCUAUAAGUGACAGGAAGAAUUAUAUUGCCAAUCAAUUGAACCCCACGUUCGGCCGGAUGUUCGAGAUCGAGGCGAGUUUCCCGCGAGAUUACAAACUGACAAUUCAAGUGUGGGAUUACGACGCGGCGACGGCUGACGAUUUGAUCGGCGAGACGCGAAUUGACAUCGAGAAUCGAUUUUACAGCCGGCAUCGGGCGCACUGCGGAAUCGCGGACGUUUACAGCAGCGCGGGUUACAACGUUUGGCGGGAUCGCGAGAGACCGACGCAGAUCCUGGAGCUCCUCUGCAGAACGAACAACCUGCCGUCGCCGGAAUAUCGCGAAGGCGAAGUUAAGAUUGGCAAACAAAUUUUCCCCUUCCAGGUCGCGGUCGAACGCGAGGACGAAGCCGACAGGAAAGAAUGCAUGGCUCUGAACGUGCUUCAUCGCUGGCAAGAUUUCCCCAUCUGUGGAUGCGCUCUGGUGCCAGAGCACGUUGAGAGGCGAUCGCUUUUCAACGCUAAGAGGCCCGGCCUCGAGCAGGGCAAGCUGGAGUUAUGGAUCGACAUGUUUCGAAUCGGACAACUGCCGCCGAAAUCGGCGACCGAUAUCGCUCCUCAGACACCGGAGGAGUAUGAGAUUCGCGUGAUUAUUUGGAAUGCCGAGGAUGUGCCGCUGGUCGAAAGUCAAUUUCUCACUGGCGAGAAGUGCUCCGACAUUUACGUCAAAGGAUGGAUCCUAUAUGAGGACUAUCAGAAGACCGACGUUCACUAUAAUUCGCUAAACGGCGAGGGUAACUUCAAUUGGAGAUUCGUGUUUCGCGUCACGUACUCGAAGGGUGAGAACGUCAUGAUAGUACGUCGGAAACUGUCGUUGUUUGCCAAAAACGAGACGGAGGAGAAGCUGCCCUGCAGACUUUGCCUGCAAGUCUGGGAUAGCGAUCACUUUUCGUCGGACGAUUUUCUAGGAGAAUUAACGCUGAACCUGUCAAGAAUGCCGCGAGGCAGUUCGGUUCCUAAGAAAUGUACAUUAAAAUUGCUCGACUCGCAAUUGCCCACAGUGAAUCUAUUCAAAAUUACACGAACUAAAGCUUGGUGGCCUCUUGCGCGCAGCGUCAAUGCCGGGAAGUACAUUCAAGCGGGUAAAAUCGAGCUAGAAAUAUCCGUUUUACGAGCAAAAGACGCGGAUAAUCAACCAGCUGGCAGAGGAAGAGAUCCACCGCAAAACCUUCCACCUCCAAGGCGUCCUGAUACUUCCUUCUCCUGGUUUCGUAAUCCAUGGAGGGCGUUCUACUUCGUUGUUUGUCGCUAUUAUAAAUGGCGAAUAGUGUGCUGCUUCCUGUGCGUCCUACUUGUAAUGCUUGUAGCGUGCGGAGUAUAUGCUUUCCCCGGAUAUUUUGUUAAACGUCUCUUAGGUGCUUAAUCCUCGCGUGAGUAUGCGACUCGACGACCGAUGUUUCGUCUGACAAACUUACCGAACGCUUGCAUUUCUAAUUGACGGUUAAGAAAUAAGUUAGUCAAAUAUGUUUUUAGUCACGUGUAA